AGGAGAUAGAGCGUGUGCUUAAAGCAGCUCUCAAUGGGAGGAAAGAAACUGAGGGGAGGCUGAUCUGUCAUUAAAUAGGGAUUGAUCCUUCUCUUUAAGUAAAUGUGAAGCUGCAAAUGAACUCAAUAUCACUUGAAGGGUCCUCUUCAGUAGCAGGUGAUGCUAUACAAUGAUUUAAGGUUGAAAUGACAAGGUUUCCACCCCUUAAAUCCUGGCUACUUUGUGACAGUGCACCGCAACACUGAUAUUUUCAUUCACUCUGCAAACAGGAUUGGAGCUGAGCAGAGCAGAGGGACAAAAGAGUUUUCUAAUCCUUGAUCUCGCAGAUUAUUUUUAGGAAUUUAUUGGAAUCCCUGCUGGAGGAAUGGAUGGAUUUGAGACAAUGUGUUAGAUCUUUUGGAUGAACACUAAUAGGGUUCUUUGCUCCUGGCUGGAUUACUCAGAGAAUUGCAAUGGUCUCUGCGAUGUCCUGGUUCCUGUAUAUGUGGAUAAGUGGCAGUGCCAUGCUGUUCUGUCAAGCAACUCUUUAUGACACCAUACAGCAGCACCACCUACCAAGGCCAGGUAGGAGCGCUCUCGAGAUCCUAGAAGGAGGUACGUGUGAGGUGAUAGCCGCACACAGGUGCUGUAACAAGAACCGAAUUGAAGAAAGGUCACAAACAGUAAAGUGCUCCUGUCUACCAGGGAAAGUCGCCGGGACAACGAGAAACAAACCCUCCUGUGUUGAUGCUUCCAUAGUUAUUGGGAAAUGGUGGUGUGAGAUGGAACCCUGCCUGGAAGGAGAAGAGUGCAAGACAUUACCUGAUAAUUCAGGAUGGAUGUGCUCUUCAGGCAACAAAAUCAAGACCACAAGGAAAGGGAACAUCGUUGCCUAUUUCACCAGACCAGGGCAAGCAGCAAUGAGAAGCCCCAGUGAUCUUAGCUGAUGCCAUCUAUCAAAAGCCCUUCUAAGAUCUCCAUGAUCUUCCUUGUGGCUAAAUUAAUUUAUCUUAGUUUAUAUGACUUGUUUUCAAUAAAGCUUUCAAGCAGUUAAGCAUAUGUUUAGAUUGUUUAAUUUUCCACAAAGCAUAUGUUUUCUUUUCGGAGAACAGAAGAUGCUGUGUAAUAAUCCAACACAAGUGGUUUGAAUUCUCACUUUUAAAACGGUAAUCUGUCAUCAGUUUUCAGGGGGAAAAAAAUGGUUUGCUAUUUCAUACUUGGCUUUCAAUUUGAAAAAAAAAAGUUAUAAAAAAGUUAUGAUUAAAUUUAACUUAAUUUAACUUUAAGUUAAAUGAAAUUUGGUGGAUGUAGUUUUCCAUUCUACCCUGUCCAUCAUCAUAUAUCAUGAUACUAUACAGCAGUUGCUUAGUAGAAUCCUCUACUUUGUGAACACAAGUGUACACACUAUUAAUGAGAAAGAGUUUUUGAUACAUGUAGGGACGUUUUUAGUGUUGGUGAGCGGGAUCCAAAAUUGUACAAUGCUUCCAACAGGAAAUUGGUCAAAAGAUUUUAUAAGCAAAUGUAAAUGCCGUCACAGGCUUUAUAACGACUUUUUAAAAGAUUUUACAUAACUAAUUGCACACCUAUAUAGUGGUACUAGAUUGAGACAUUGAAUAUUUUCUCGAAUAAAACAGGUUAAUAAUAAUAAUAAUAAUAAUAAUAAUAAUAAUAAUAAUAAUAAUAAUAAUAUUAUUUGUAUUGCUUUUAUUGUGCUGCUUUAAAUGUACAUUACAGGAUGCAUAAGGUUAUUGGUAAAUUAUACAGUGAAAAAAAACUGAAGAAAAACCAAAAACCCUGCUACAGCAUUAUUCCAUUGCCUACCAAACCUCAUUUUAUUUGUGCUCCCUUCAGUGACAGCUAUAGAAAAGGACAGCGGUAACACAAAUUCAUUUUUGUCCAAGUUUGUUCUUUAGUGUGACAUGUGUCUACUUACUUCUGACUAAGUGAAUCUGUUGGCUCCUUUCCUUCAACCACAGACAUAUUGGGAUUGACAUUCAUUGUGAGUGGUGAUUAGGUCUAGGCAGCUUUAUUAAUACAAGCAUUAGAGUCCCUGUGGACAAGUUUUAGCAUACCUGGCCUUUAUUGAGAAAAAAUAUGCAAAAUGACUAGAAAUAUUCUAAAUUUCUUUCAUCUACCCACAGGGGUCAUUUUAAUUAGCCAGAGUGUAUGCAUAACACCCUGAAUCCUGAUACAGAAACAAAUCAUACUUUUAUCACAUGAACACGUCUUUAUCUGUCAUCAAGACUGAUGAAGGUUAAGCAAAACAUCCUCACGGUCGUGGAUUUCAUUUUUAAUAUACUUUAUUUGUCAUGUGCUGUAAAUCUUCAUAUCCAACAAUACAGACUAGUUUAUACUGUGUAUUUAUCAUCAAGCACAUAAAUAACGUUACUAAAUACUCAGUGUAUAUACACAGUGCACAAAAGUAUUGACAUCCUCCUGUCUUUUGACUUCAAAAUGCUCUAAUUCACAUUGUUUUACAACUUAGGAAAUGAAGUUAUGUAAUAUUAGAAAAUUCUUCUCAAUAAUUGUACGGUUUUGUAAAUUACAGCCUUUUGCAUUGAAAAGCAGGAUGUUUAUUAUGGUUGUCAAACAUCUUGAGUUAACUCAAACACACAGUACCCCAUGAAUUUUCAUGAAGUAUGCCGUUUAUAAUAAUUAUCUAUAUAAUAAUAAACCAUACUUAAAUCUAAAGAAAACCUUUAAAUAAACUGACCCUAGUGUGAAUAGAAGGAGAUAUGUUGUUAGUUUUACUGUUUAAAAAAAACAACCUUGAAAUACAAACGAUAUUAGUGGAUAUUACAAGUGUGUUCAAACAAUACUUGCAAAAAUAGAUAUCGAUAACUGAUUACGAUCUAAAAAUCACUGCAAGUGGGACUUUAUAAUUGCAGGUAUUUGGAUAAUAGAAGUCAAAUAAUUCCCACUUCCCAGCAGAUCAAAUUGGAAGUUCUUCGACUUUAUAAAGUUGAAAACAGCACAUUAGAUACAAAAUGUAAAUGUAUUGUAUUGUAAAAGGCUCCUCUCUGUAGUAUUGACAUUUGUAUCCCUUUGAUAGUGAACACUUGCUAAGAUAUUUGUUUGUUUGUUGUACAUGAAAAAGUAAUAAACUUUGUAUUUCUGAAACAUGUAGUCUCUUGUUAUUUUUAAAAAAUGGCAUGGUGGAUGGGUUACAUUAGGUUUGUAGGUUUCAUAAUUUCUGCACAGAUUAUUAUUAUUUUUUACUACUGGGGAUGAGUUGAAGUAAUUUAAAAACCUGCAUUAGAGAUGACAUUGUACUUACUGAGUAUCAGUGGUGCGGUCCUAAAAAUACCGGAAUGCUAAAUAAAAUAUAGAUUUUUCUAAAACAAAUGUUACAAACUCCCGUUUUAUUUGUACAUUGAACUUGAGGUAACAUUUAAUAGGUAGUGCAUGCGUCCCGCAUGAGACUUUUAGGUUACUCCCCCAGUGCUGCCAGAUUGGUGUUUUUCCAGGCAAAUUUGGCUUGUUUGGAAACCAUCUAGUGGGUUAAUGUUGUCUUUGGUGGUUCGGUUAUUUUUUGGCUAUUUAUAUCAUGCUCUUUUUUUCUAUUACUUUUGAUUUGAUUCUGAGUGUACCAUCAAAAUUGGUAUGUAGGGAAUCAGACACUGAGUUUUUUGUUCCUAGUGCCUAUUCAAUGGAAAGACUAAUUUGAUUUCCCAACAGAAAAUAGAUUGCUUCAUUGAUGCUCAGGCACUGAAAUUAGAGCGGUCGGACGCUAUAUAAGCAUUUUCAUAACAAAUCGGUAAAUGUUCUUAGAUAAUUCUUAAGUCAAGGUUCUGCCUAUAGAAAAAAGUGCUGGAAUGGCAUUCCGGCUCAACUACACCACUGCUGUGUAUGAAUCAUGGUGCUUAGUUAGGGCUUUAACUAUGAGAGUUCAUUUGAAUGCCCAAAAUUCCAUAAUAAAACCUCCGAAAUCAGCUAAAAACAAAGGUUCCUCAAAAGGUACACUACUGUGCAAAAGUCUUAGACAUGUUGCAUUUUUCUAAUCUGAUGCAUUAUGUGCAUCAACAAUUUACUCAAAGCCUCCACUAGUGUUUUCUACUAUUAUAACAACCUUGACUUGCAUAAAGAAGGAAAAACAUUGAGUGAAAUAGCUCGCAUCACUCGAUUUUCAAGGUGUGGUAUCAAAGCUGUUUGCACGAUUAAAAUUGUGUACCUCUCAAAAGCAAUGCUUACUUGACGGUUGCUCAUUAGUCAUGUCAAUAUUUUCUCGUUAUUUGUGUACCCAAGAGAUAAUGUAUAUUACGUUUGCAGGAAAGUGAUAUAUAAUCCCCUGAUCAUUUAUCAAGUUCCUAAUGUUUUAUUGUAUUCCCUUUGUCACUGAAGCCUAUGUACAAUGCUGUUUUGACUAAAUAAGAAAGUAAUUUAUAAGACAAGUUACAUUUAGCCAGUUUUCUGGUAACUGGGAAUAGAAAGAUUAGUUUAAAAAAUGUUUUCUAAAAUAUUUUCUUUUCUU